UAGCGCAGGGGGCGGGACGGUCGGAAUACGGGUUGGUGAAUAUGUAAUGUUUACAUGUUUCUCUGCUCUUUCGGCCUGUUUCUCUGUCUGCAGCGGAUUUUAUAGACUUUAAAUUGAUUUUAACCAGGAUUACGCGUUUCUGCUGUAGCGAAUAACAGCCAGAGCAAUGGAGGUGAGCAUCGUUCCCAUCUUCAUCACUGUAACCAUCCUUGUUGCCAGUAUUCAUGGGCAGGCGCCAAACACUGACUUGCAGGAACUAGCAAGCCGAAGUGCAGAUUUCGGCACGGCCCUGUACCGCAAACUUGCCAGCAUGAGUGAUGACAAUGUUGUCGUCUCCCCUCUAGCUGCCACCCUGGGCCUGGCCGCUCUGGCGGCUGGUGCUGGGGGGGAGACGCGCAGUGAGCUGCUGCAGGGCCUGGGCCUGGCCUCUAUGGAGAAAGACGGAGAGACAGACAGAAUCCCCAGGCUCCUCCAGCAGCUCAGAGAGACAGCUGCCCAGAUUGUGGCGACAAGCCUCUUCAGUAGCCAGCAGGUCCAGACUGAAUCCAGCUUCAGCAGUCAAGUCAAGGCGUUCUACGGUGCUGACGUACAAAGUGUGAAUUUCGCAAGCGCUCAAACAGCCAAAUCCAGCAUCAAUGAUUUUGUUAGAAGUCGCACAGGAAGCAUGAUCAGAGAGGUGGUCAACAACGUGGACCCUGCUAGCCAGCUAACACUCAUCAGUGCUGCGUACUUUACAGGACAAUGGCAGCUCCCUUUCAGUGUCAACUCCACCCAGGAAGAUCGUUUCUUUGUUGAUAAUUACAACAUUGUCCAGGUGCCCAUGAUGACCCGCUCAGACAAAUACUACCUAGCGUAUGACCCCUCACUCAAGGUUGGCAUUCUGAAGCUGCCAUGCACGGAUGGCAUUGCAAUGCUUGUCCUUUUGCCAGAUGAAGAUGUGGAUUACACCUUUAUUGAUGAUUCCCUCACCACUGAAGUGUUCGUUGGAUGGGUCUCAAAGUUAAAGAAGACGAAGUUAGAGGUUCAGCUGCCGAGGUUCUCUGUGGAGCAGACCUUUUCACUGAAGAAAAAUCUACGCAGUCUGGGCAUUACCAAAAUCUUUGAGAGCGGCGCAGAUCUGUCUGGCAUCAGCAGCUUCCCUGACUUAUCACUCUCUGAGGCAGUCCAGAAGGUCUCCGUAGAGGUGGAUGAAAAAGGGGGGCCCUCAACCUAUGUCCUCAUGGACAAUCUUCCUCCACGGCUGACUUUCAACCGACCCUUCCACUUCAUCGUGUACCACGAAGCCACCAAAAGCCUGCUCCACAUGGGCCGGGUGGUGGACCCUACCAAGAAGUAGUGAUGUUCAGAGAAACUAGUUACUCAUUACUACAAGUGUUUAGACUCUCAGUUACAGAUUGUGUUUUUGUUACAGUCAGUGUUCUUGUGUUUUUAUGAGUUAGUUUACAAAGCACACAGUUUAUCGUACCAUAACCAUCUUCUGUAUUUAAAGAGAUUUCUACUAUACAAAACUCAAGCUCUGUAUGCUUUAUUUUUAACUGCAACGUAACAACUGCACUGAUUCAAUACUGUAAACUGCAUGAGGUUUACUAUACAUUCUUUGGUUCACUCACAUCCUAAUAUUAUGUGUUCAUGUGGUUCAGUUGUAAUAAACUCUGUGUAAUCUUCCACUGGA